AUGGAGACAAUCUAUCGACUCAAAGAUUCGAUCGUCGGAUACCUCUCCCCGAAGCGCCGCCGCACAAUUGGCCCUACGGUCUCGACUCCCGCAAACUCAAAGGAGUUUGAUCACCCCUUUCACUCCGACCCGCAAGACAAGAGGACACGAAGAACGUUGGACCCGGCCUCCCUGGCAGCUUAUACUGCUCGUUCUCGGAAUCCCCGCAAAAGGCUUCGUGAAGAAGACGACUUUGAGACGGAUGGUUCUGAGCUUAAACCAGACGACUCUGCAUCUCAGUGCAACUCCUUUGCUAGGAAGGCCGGAGUUGAGGGGGAUUAUGAAGGUGACGGAGACUACGAGCAGCCUGACGAGGAGGAGGAUGUAGAGGAAGACGCCAUCACAGAGUCCGACGAGGUGGAAGAAGAGGAAUUAGAUUCCGAGGCAGAGGAGCAGGAGGAGGAAGCAGAAGACCCAAAUGCCUCGCUCGACGCUAGGGUAGAGGAAUACCUUGCUAGGCAAGCGGAGUUGGCCUUGAGAAAGGAGUCCAUCGAGAAGGCUAGAAAGGCUGGAGAUUGGCAUACCGAUGCGCUCUUUCUUUUUGAGAGACUCACUCUUCGCAGUUUCGAGCCGUUAAUCCCCCAAACCUGGAAGAUCGACUUUCCCACUCUGCCUGAGAUACUAUUUACUGAGGACGACGAUGACGCCUUCGUUGGCUACAAUCGUAAACCUAGCGGCCAUGGCGUAAAAGCUCUGCAAGCUCUCCUCAGUCUCGGUGUCCGUGUCAGGGAUAAGAUCACUGUUGGCCUUCCAACCGAAAAGCUGAUUGAGCAAGAGAUUAACAGAUACAUCAAGUGGUCUGAGAGGGAUGGUGGCUUUGACAAGAUGCGCUUCCUCCCGGUCCUCAGCGUCGUCAGAGCCCGCCCCAAACAAUCAGGCGACUCGAUUAGCUUGGAUAUCAGCACCAAGAUGAACUUCUUCGCCAAGAAGUACCGUGAUUACUUUGGUGUCUCGAGCGACGAAGGAAGAGAUGAUCAAAAUGAUGCGAGUACAAGAGCGCCACCCCUCCUUUAUGGCAUCAUUGUCGCCAAGACACUGGCCAUCUUCGUUACUCUUGAUUCGACUGAUCUAAAUGCAAAGGUCCGUCAUAUGCAGCACUUUGACUUCAAGGACAAGGAUAUGGAUGUCUGGAAUGGAUUCGCACUGGCGAUUAUGAUCAUUUGCGCAAGAAACUAUAUCAUGUCUCUGGAAGGCGAGUUGGAGAUCGACGACACGCCUGUCAUUGAUGAAGAUGCUUGA